GACUUGUUGUUCUGCUUGGGUAAUUAGAUCAAGAUUAAAAUUAAACUACGUUGGUAGGAAUGGGUAUUCGAGCUUCAGCACCUACUUGCUCGGACCUGCGCCGAAGCUUCUGUAUGUCAGCAAGAACUCGAGAAAUAAAACGAAUCAGUAUUAUAACACACCCCGCACAAUGAGGGUUCGUUAUCAAUAGCACACAGAGGCGACACAAUUACAAGUAGAUCGCGAUCGACGAAUGUAGCUUCGAAAUAUAUUAUUUUGCACUCGGCACGCUCUGUCCGACUGAUUUACAAUGUAAUUCAGGAUUUAUGCGAUCAUUCAACCCGAAGCUGUGCAACGUGAAGGCGAUUCUACCCCUUUUCUCUUUCAGAUGAUUGACAAUUUGAUCUUCAACGAUAUGGGGAACGUAAUGCAAUUAGUCGAGGCCGAGGACGAGGAGAGUCUCGGCAAGUGCAAUGGCACGAUUCACGCAGAACUGCCAAUCGAAUUGCGUUUCAAUGACGGCCACUUGGUGACGAUCAUCACUUACAGCAUCCUAAUGGUGAUAUCGGCCAUUGGAAAUAUUUCCGUGCUGACCAUAAUAAAAAAACGAAAGUCCAAGUCCCGGAUACAGAAUCUCGUAAUGCACUUGUCGAUCGCUGACCUCUUUGUGACAUUCCUGAUGAUGCCAUUCGAAAUCGGAUGGGCGAGCACGGUAUCCUGGGAAGCAGGAGACGCGAUGUGUCGCAUAAUGGCUUUCUUCAGGACAUUCGGCCUGCAUCUUUCAUCCUUUGUAAUAAUCUGUAUAAGUAUAGACAGAUAUUACGCCGUGAUGCGACCUCUCCAAAUACUAGAUAUUCACAGGAGAGGGAAGAUAUUGCUGAUGUUUGCGUGGAUUGGCUCUGUACUUUGUUCCAUGCCACAGAUGUUGGUAUUCCAUCUUGAGACGCAUCCAAAUCACACUUGUUAUACCCAAUGUAUAACGUUCAAUAUCUUCCCAUCGUACGUGCACGAAGUUUUCUACAAUUUGUUCAGUAUGGUAGUGAUGUAUUGGUGCCCCCUGAUUGUAAUAUUUUAUACUUACACCAGUAUUUUCAUGGAGAUCUGCCGUAGAUCCAGGGAGAAGAGUGAAGAUAGAAUACGUCGCUCCUCGUGCAGUUUUCUAAGCCGAGCGCGAGUACGCACUUUAAAAAUGACGAUAACCAUUAUCGCUGUCUUCAUUAUCUGUUGGAGUCCUUACUACGUGAUGAGCGUUUGGUAUUGGAUUGAUCGAUCAUCAGCCCUCAAAGUGGACAAACGCAUUCAGAGAGCUCUUUUCUUCUUCGCGUGCACCAACUCCAGCAUGAAUCCCAUCAUCUAUGGUAUCUUCAAUAUUCGUCAAAGAAAUAAAGCGCCGAUGCGUACAGCCACCAUCGAGACCCGGGUCACGCCGCUGUCUCUAUCCAUCAAACUUCUCGAUUGUCAAUGAACGCGACGUUCGUCGGCUCGAAUAGAUGCGUUUAAAUCAACGAUGUUAGCUUAAAUAUCUGCGUUCUUUUACGAAAAUAAGUUUCAACAGUAGUGCUGUCACGAACUGCAUCUUACAUGACGGUGCAUCCACGUGCAGAUACUGUCCGAAAACUGUCGUGUACGCAGAGCUAUUUAAAAGUUCCUCAUCUUACUCUACCAGAUGAGAGAUUAAAGCGAGAUGAAAGCGACUGUGAUCGAUCAAAUUAAAUCGCGCCCGAUGAAAGAAGAUCUUCUGACAAAGUUGAAGAAACGCGAUGAAGAUGAAGAAACAGAGAUUUUCCUAGGUGAACUAUGUAUUCAUUUGUAUAUGUAGAUAUACGUUUUGUAUUUAUUUUCAAGUUAGUUAGUUAUAAGAACUUUUAAAAGAAGAUUCUAGACUAAGUUUUUAUAUGUAAUUUGUUACGAUAUAAGCAAAUGUUGCAAAUGCAACUGUGAACGUGCUUCGUCGAGUGUUCUUUCUUUUUUUUAUAUAUGUAUAUACUUUCGCGACACAAGGUUGUGCAAACAAGUUACGUAAGCUAUUUAUACACCGUUUAUGUUCUGUAUAUUUUUAUAAGGAGAAAAAAGAUAUCGAACAAAAUGUGUGUUUGCAUCGCGCAAAUCUUCUUUCAUUACUUAAAAACUUUUAAAGAAUAAGCUCGCAGUCAAGCUAUUGUGUUUCUGUCUGUAUAUUUUCCAUAAAUAAAAAAAAGGAGAAUUGUAA